CAGUGAUGCUGUAGUUGGGGGUCUGUAGAAACGCCAUCAAGGCUAACGGAGCUAAUUCAGUGUAAAGCUUUAAAGGGUUUUUUUUUUUUUUUUACACUGUUUGAGAGUUGAGGUUUGGGUUCACUGUGGUGACAAUUUUGUACAGUCUUCAACAACGAGUGUUAUUAAUUACACUCAAUUUUAUUCCGCCGUGAAUCUACAAAAGUGGAGAAAUCGCUGUAGCAACGCUAAACUUAAAGCGGAGUGUUUUUUGUUAUUAAAGGCCGCCGUCCUGGGAAUGAGCGCCGUCUUUAUUCGGCUUCCUGGAGCUACACACCGCCACAACACCACCAGUUCGUCUCCGGGAGGAGUUCUGUAGCGGUGUAGUGUUAAUAUUUUAGAUAUCUCCAGAAUGUAAUCCAUCAGCGUACUGAUGAGAAAUGGAGGUAAAGCCCUGGGUUCUGGUGGAGAAGAAGAUGGGUUUGGCUGUGCCUGGUCUUUUCCUGUUGCUGCUCUCUCUGGCCCCUGGUUGCUGGUCAGGAGAUUGUAAGGGCCAUAGGCAGAUUCUGCGAGGGUCUCCGAGCUACAUUACAGACGGCCCAGGAAACUACUCUGUAAACGGCAACUGUGAAUGGCUCAUCACAGCUCCUGGCAGCAAUUAUCGCAUUGUGCUCAACUUUACAUUCAUGGACACAGAGUGCACAUAUGAUUACCUGUUUGUGUACGAUGGCGAUUCCUAUGAAAGUCCCCUUCUUGCAAGUCUGAGUGGCAACACCCUGCCCCAACCAAUAGAGGCACGAUCUGGCAAGAUGCUGCUCCAUCUCUUCAGUGAUGCUAAUUACAACCUGCUAGGCUUCAACGCCACAUACACAUUCUCGUUGUGCCCUGGGGAUUGUGGAGGUCAUGGGCGCUGUGAUGCAAUGUCAUCUCGCUGUCAGUGCCAUCAAGGUUGGGGAGGAACUGACUGUUCGUUACCUCUCUGCUCCACGGACUGCACACAACAUGGACAUGGGCGCUGUGAUAAGAGGGGAGACCAUUGCUUAUGCAGUUCUGGCUUUGUAGGGCAGAGCUGUCAGCUGGGCCUGCAUGAUAAAGGUGGUGUGGGACAAUGGUGGGGGGUAAACACCAGGGAUGGGAGGUUUUCUCCACGGACUGCAUCAGGUGGUGCCUUCCUUUCCUCCACCAGAACUUUCUAUAUGUUUGGAGGUUUUGAUUUAAACAAAGCACUAGGAGAUCUUGUGGAAUACAACUUUUCCAGCAAUCGGUGGGAGAAAAAGUUUCACUCCGUUGCCCCUGCCCCUAGGCACUCUCAUACAGCAGUGGAAUGGCAGGGUAACAUGGUCGUAUAUGGUGGUGAGCUUUCUAACCACUCAUUGGCUAGUGAUGUCUGGCUGUACCGCCCACAGCAAAAUGAUUGGCGACAGCUUGGCCUGUCAGAUGCUCCAGGUGCCCCCAAGCUAGCAAAUCAUGCAGCAGCUCUGGUAGACAAUGAUCUGUAUGUGUUUGGGGGACGCACAGAGAUGGACAUGUUUUCCUCUUCUCUGUAUCGCUUUCGGCUGGGUGAUAAGGUUUGGGAGGAAGUACAACCUCAUGGCGGAAAGCCCCCUGCUACUGCAGGCCACAGCAUGGUCUUUCACAAUGCAUCCAGAACUUUGUUGGUGUAUGGAGGGCACAGACCUACUACAGCCAGGUUCAGUGUAAGAGUGAACUCCACAGAUAUUUUUCAUGUGGACAAACGUUUCUGGACCUCGCUUCGCUCACGUUACCCUGCUAAUGGACCUCGGGAGAGAGCCUUUCAUUCAGCCACCAUAAUUGGCAAUUACAUGGUGAUAUAUGGUGGAAACGUGCACAUCCAUUACCUUGAGGAGAAAUGUUAUGAUGAGGAGAUCUUCUUUUACCAUUUGGGCUGCCACCAGUGGGUUUCUGCAGGAGAAAGUUUUUCACACCGAAGCCACUCUGUGAGAGGUCGUUACGCUCAUGUUGCUGCUGUCAUGGAUGGCCGUGUGCUGCUCAUCGCUGGUGGUUACAGUGGUGUUGCACUUGGUGACCUGGUGGCAUACAAAGUCCCACUGUUUGUCAGCAGUGACCCUGGUGAUAGAGAUGCUGUAUGUGCUGAGGCCCCAGAUGAGAGAAUGUGUCUAAAAAACCCAGAAUGCAGUUGGUGUGAGGGUCGCUGUCGGGAAUACCAACCAACUAAUCCAUGUGGCAGCACAGGCUGUUUAGGUCUGGCACGCUUCCUUUCCGACUGCCAAUCAUGUCUAGUGUUCAGUGGCGUGCCCAACUCUCUCCCUCGUGCCCCCGGUGAUUUUGGUUGGUGUGUCCAGAAUGAUUCCUGUUUACCGGUCUCAGGUAUGAACAUGGAAGAAGAGAGAAGCAUGAAGCGUAGUGCAUGCCGCGUGGACCAGAUCUCAGGGGCGUACGGCUGGUGGGGGGAGCGGACGAGUUUCCUGACUUCCCUCCCUUCCUGUCGCACCGAGAACUAUGUCCCAGGACUGCACCUGCUCACCUUUCAGCACCCACGCAAUCAAUCGCAGCCAGACAAGGUGUCCAUUCUAAGGAGUACCUCCAUAAUACUCAACCCCUCCACUGAGAUGGAUGUCACUUUGCAGUUUCAUGGUUUUAUUCACCCUUUGUUAGGGGCUCCACCUCCUGCACCUCCUCCCCAAGAGACCGUGGCCAUGUGGGCUAGGAUUCAGAAGUUUCACUUUACAGUAAAGAUGGCUACAGGUCCCAACUUAGUCCAACUGACUGAUGUUCUUGGACGCUGGUCAGCUCAAGAGGAAAAGGAGAGCCGCUUGCUGUCACGUCCAGAUGGUACUCGUCUGUUUCAGAAUCUUACUCGGGGGAAUCGUUAUUUGGUGCAGGCAGAGGGCUACCUGAACAGUUCGGCUUCAGGCCAGACCAGUGAGAUGGCCCUUACCUGGAAUCGAACUGCCAUACCUGGAGGAAGUGAGAUCUCAUUUUUGUUUCUGGAACCAUAUCGCUCUGGCUCGUGUUCAGGGUACCACUCCUGCUUGGCUUGUCUCUCUGAUCAGUCAUGUGGCUGGUGCCCAACCACAAAUGUGUGUAUGCUGCGCUCCAACAUCAGCCAAGAGCGCUGCCUAGAGCCUCAGGGUGAAGAGCACCAUCUGUUGCUAAGUCCCCAGCACUGCACUCUGUGUGAGGAGUACAGAGACUGCAGGGCUUGCACUCAGGACCCUUACUGUGAGUGGCAAAUCAAUUCCAGUAAGAAGGGGGAUUACUUAUGCAGUCGCCGUGGGAGGCUGGAAGGCUCCAUUCGAGAUCCACUGUGGUGUCCAAAAGUCUGUAAUCAGAGAACAACAUGUGGGGAGUGUCUGUCAAACUCUAGCCAGUGUGCAUGGUGCGAGUCUGCUCAGACCUGCUUUUACUUCGCUGCUUAUCUCACCAAGUUCCCCUAUGGGGAGUGCAGGGACUGGUAUGACAGCGUGCACUCGGUUCCUCAGUGUAAGCAGUGCUCUGCUUCAGCCACAUGUACAGAAUGCCUGCAGACCUUUCAGUGUGGCUGGUGUGGGGAUUACAGCAACCCUACUUUUGGCAGGUGUCUAAAAGGAGACUGGGGAGGAAUAAUUGACUCAUCUGUUGCUAACUGCACUGUUGCCGUUGCAGAAGUGAAGGCCUCAAGCCCUGAGCCACGCACCCUUUCCCCUCCACGGCCGAUGGAGCUGGAGAUGGAGCUGGAGUUGCUGGAGGGGGUGGAUGUUGAUGGAGAGGCUGUGUGGUCCUAUGCAUCAUGCCCUGAUGUGGAGGAGUGCAGACUGGGUCUCCACACCUGCCAUCCCUCAGCUACCUGUGUGAACACACCAACCUCUUAUGAGUGCCAUUGUGAGAGAGGUUUCACAGGAGAUGGAGAGCGUUACUGCAAUCAGACAUGUUACAAUGAAUGUCGUGAGGGAAAGUGCAGUGGCAGUCCACUUUUUGAGUGCCAGUGCUCUCUGGGUUGGACUUCAGACCCGGGGACUCUGGUGCUGAGUGGUGUUGAGUGUGAUGUCGACUGCGGCUGUAACUUCCACAGCACCUGUAUCACAGCACCAGGAAUCUGCGAUCAUUGUCAGGAUUGGACUAUAGGACUGCACUGUGAGCAAUGUCGGCCAGGUAGCUUUGGAUCAGCUGUGGCAGGUGGGGGAGGCUGUGUUCCAUGUGAGUGUAAUGGACAUGGUGACCCACUGCAAGGAUUCUGCCACAAUCAAACAGGCCAGUGCUACUGUACACAUCAUACCCAUGGAGUACACUGCGAGUUCUGCUUACCUGGCUACUAUGGUGACCCUCGGGACAAUGGCACAUGUUUCAGACAGUGUCAAGGUCGCUCCGUUGAUUAUCCUUCAUUGUCUUCCUCUUCGCUCCCUCUCUCAUCCUCUCUUGGUUGGCAUGGAUCAGCAGCAGGCCAGGAUGGUCUCUCACACUGUCUAUGGGUUCUCUCUUUCUCUCAGGAUCUGGCAUCAUGCAUGUCAGGCCAGAUGUGCCCACCUGUGGCAUUGACCCUGCAUCCGGACUCUUACACACAUUGCACAAACUCGUAUGUGUACGUUUUUGAUGGCCUGCCCCGUUUUCUCAGCGAUGGUGUGAUGUACUCAGGUCGCAACCUGAUUGGAGCUUUUUGUGGCACAACUCGAAAUCAACCAAUCACAGUAGAAGCCACAUCUGGUGUGAUAUCCGUCUAUUUUGAGGCGAAUGUUUCUUCAGAGCAUCCUCAGGGUUUUAACGCCUCCUUCUGGGUGCGAGAUUGCAAUGAAGGAGGAUCCAAAGGCGGUCUUGAUAACUCCUCAGAAUGCCUGGGCUUAGCUCAGUGCCGGAAAGGAAUCUGCCAGUGUCCCAGAGGUUACGGUGGGCCACACUGUAAUUGGCAGAUCUGCCCAGGGGACUGUGGCAUUCGAGAGGGUCGAGGCAUCUGCAACACAACUCUAGGAGUGUGUGUUUGCACUCUUGGCUGGGCUGGAUCUGACUGCUCCUCCAUUGCAGAUGCAAACAGCCUUGUGUGGGAGAACCUGCUGGACACACAGUUUACAGUGAAUCCAUCUUACAGGUUCCUUCAGAGGAUGGGACACUCACUAGUUUCUGGACCUCAGGGCACACUCUGGUUAUAUGGGGGCAUCUCCCUCUCAGAGGGAAUUCUGGGGAAUGUUUACAGGUACAUUGUGAAAGAUCGUCGCUGGACUCAGAUGCUUACCAGUUCAGAAGGAUCUAGUCCCUUGCCCCGUUACCAUCAUGCAGCUGUUGUGGUAGUCAGUCAUGACCAUAUGUCUACUACUCAGACAGACAAUCACCACUUUAUGCUUGUGGUGGGAGGGGUAACACCAACCAGUGUUCUGAGUGAUACAUGCAGUCUGAAUCUUAGCAGUCUGGUGUGGACACAGUACAAGAGCACAGUGGUGCCCCCUGUGGCUGGUCACACACUGACAGUACGCAGAGUCUCCUCUGUGCUUCUUAUUGGAGGAUACUCUCAAGAGAAUGGUUUCAAUCACCACGUGCUAGAGUUUAAUCCACAGUCUGGGAAUUGGACAGUUUUGCCACACACUGGUACACCACCUACAGGUCUUUAUGGACAUUCUGCAGUUUAUCAUGAGCCGACUGAUGCUGUGUAUGUGUUUGGAGGUUACCGUUUUCAUGUGGAGGCUGUAGAACCUUCUGAAGAACUUUAUACACUUUACUACCCCAACCUUACCUGGUCUUUACUGGUCCCCUCUCGGGGAAACAAGCCCCCCUCGCAUUUUUUUCAUGCGGCAGCUCUACUGAAAGACACCAUGGUGAUUGUUGGAGGGCGGACAGGAGCAGAAGAUUAUAGUAACAGUGUGUACCUCUAUCAGAUCAAUUGCAAUACAUGGAUACAGCCAGUGUCUUCAGUUGGUGAACCUGUUAAUCACUCCAUCUCCUUGGCCAUGACUAGCUGGGGGAAUCGCCUGUUCAUAUCAGGUGGAUUUAACGGGGUCAUGCUUGGACGUUUCAUUACUCUCUCUGUGCCCUCUGACCCCUGCUUUCUGCUGCCUACAAUCGAGGCUUGUAAUAACAACACAGGCAGCUGUGUGUGGUGCAGGGGUACCUGCACCUCAUCAGACACAGCAGAGAGAAUUGGCUGUCCUGUUGGCCAUUCCCCAUGCUUUCCCACUCCCCGUGUGCCUGAUCAGUGUCGAAGGCUGAAGACAUGCAGUGAAUGUCUGGCUCGACACCCCAAAAUGUUUUCAAACUCUGGACAGAGCACUCUGCAGUGUAAGUGGUGCACUAACUGUCCUGAAGGAGCAUGUAUCAGCAGCUCUGUGAGUUGCACUUCGGAACAUGACUGUAGGAUAAACCAAAGGGAGAUUUUUCUCUCCAGCAACUGCACUGAAACCAGCUGUGAGGCGUCUGACUGCCCCAAGUGCACAGCGUCAGGGAAGUGUAUGUGGACCCGUCAGUUUAAACGUACUGGGGAGACCAGGCGCAUUUUAAGUGUGAAUCCAACAUAUGACUGGGCAUGUUUUAGCUAUGCGUUACUGAAUGUGUCACAAAUGAAAGUGGAAUCAUCUCCCCCUAUGCCCUGCCCUGAGCCUUGUCACCAAAUCCAGACCUGCCAUCAGUGUCUCAGCUCCAAUGGCUCGGAUGGGGGUUGGCAGAACUGUGUUUGGAGCAUGGCAUUGCAGCAGUGUAUGAGUCCUUCGUUUGUUCCGUUGCGCUGUGAAGCUGGUCAGUGUGGUCGUCUGCUCUCUGGCGGAGACUCUUGCUCUCCUCAGUGCUCCCAGCUUACCCAGUGCUCCCAGUGCAUUGCCCGGCCACAGUGUGGCUGGUGUGCCACUCGUGGAGCUAAUGGUGCAGGGCACUGCCUGCAAGGAGGACUAGAUGGUGUUGGAGAAUCUCAUUGUCCCAGCUUGAACAGCAGCUGGUUCUUCCUGCAAUGUCCGGAAGAGGAUGAGUGUGCUAAUGGUCACCAUCGUUGCAAUGUUACCCAGGACUGCCAUGACCUACCUGAUGGCUACCACUGCACCUGCAGAAAGGGCUACAUACUCAGCAGUGUAUCUGGGCAGUGUGAGCCGUUAUGUGAGCAGGGCUGCAUUAAUGGCACGUGUGUGUCGCCAGGCGUGUGCCAGUGUCACUUUGGCUUCGUUGGGGAAAACUGCUCAUCCCAGUGCCGUUGUAAUAAACAUAGCAAUUGUAAAGGUGUCGCUCACCUGGAUACAUGUCUGGAGUGCUAUAACCACACUAAGGGUCAGCACUGUGAGAAGUGUAAGCCAUUGUACGUAGGCUCUGCACUAGGUGGUGGAGUCUGUCGUCCCUGCCGGGAGUUUUGUAGAGGAAACAGCGAUGUAUGUUUGUCCAAAGAUGAACUCAAGUUGGCACUGGAUUACACAAAAGACCAUCCACUAGAUCUUGAGGGAAUCGUCCACUGGGUAAUAGAGGGACCAGCUGAGGAUAAUGCUGUGUGUGUGAAUUGUCAGAACAACAGUGUUGGGGACAAGUGUGAGAGCUGUCUGAGUGGAUACUUUCUCCUGCAGGGCAAGUGUGAAAAGUGUCAGUGUAAUGGCCAUGCAGACACUUGUAAUGAGCAUGAUGGAACAGGCUGCCCCUGCCAAAACAACACUGAAACAUCCUCCUGUCUUAGCAGCUCACAGAAUGAUCGCAAGGAAUGUUACAGACAACAGUGUGCCAAGUGCAAAGACGCUUUUAAUGGCACACCAAUCAAUGGCCGUCAGUGCUACCGGCAGUUCAAUGUGGACAACGAGUGCUGUUUUGACCCAACAUCGCAAGUCAACUGCUUCCAUGAGCCCAAUAUCCGCAAUCUACCUAUGGGACGCACAGUGUUUUUUGCAGCUCAGCCCAAGUUCACUAAUGUAGAUAUCCGUGUCACUAUCGAUGUUACUUUUGGCGAGGUGGAAGUGUAUGUGUCUAAUUCUCAUGACACUUUCAUUGUGAAUGUUGACCGCCAGACGGGUGUACACACCAUUAAAAUUGCAGACGAUAUUGCCUCUGUGCCAAUGACUCGAGGAGACAAAGAGGUCCCUUUAGCGCUGUCGCCAUUAAAAGGGAAUGCUAAUGCGUCUUCCUCUGCUAUACUUGGUCUGCACAGUAAACCGCACAGUGCUGAGCGAGAAGUGCGUGAAGAGCGAGCAGAGGGUCUCAUCACAUACAUCACAGUGUGGAAACCACAGACGGUGCUGAUUGUGCGUGGUGUACGUGAUCGUGUCGUCAUCACCUUUCCACAUGAGGUGCAUUCUCUCAAAUCCAGCCGCUUUUUCAUCGCUCUGCGCGGUGUCGGUACGGACAGCCAUGGCGGAGAGUCGCAAGGCUUGCUAUUCCUGCGCCAAGACCAGGCGCACAUUGAUCUGUUUGUUUUCUUCUCCGUCUUCUUUUCCUGCUUCUUCCUAUUCCUGUCUGUGUGCGUGCUGCUCUGGAAAGUCAAACAGUUCCUGGACUUCAGGCGUGAACAGCGGCGUCACAUUCAGGAGAUGACUAAGAUGGCAUCACGCCCCUUUGCCAAGCUCACUGUCUUUUUGGAGCCCGAUGAGCCGCAGCUUAUAUAUUUGCCCUCAGCUGGAGGAGGAAGCGCUGUCUCACUGGCACAUGUCAGAACAGGCAAAAUAGGUGGCAUGGUGAGUCGAGGAAGACUUGGAGCUCCAUCCUACAAGCAUGAUCCUGGUUUGACUCGCCAUCAUCACCACCACCCUGCUCUGAGUGGAGGCAACAGUGGGCAGCACCUUUCCUUGCACUACCUGAAUACACAUCAAUAUGUUCCCAGCUCAGCCACCAAUCCAACAUCACACCACCAUCACCAUCAUCCAGCUUCUCAUGGCAGCUACCAGCAGUUCUGCCGCUCUGACCCUUUCCUCUCACAGCUCUUGGGCUUCUCCUACUCCUCCUUUAAAGUGGGACCCAUCACACUAGAGCCCACUGACGAUGGCAUGGCGGGCGUCGCUACUGUCCUUUUCCAGCUGCCUGGUGGCAUCCUGGCACCUAACCGAGCCUGUCUGGGCUCUGCCCUGGUCACUUUGAGACAGAACCUGCAAGAGUACUGUGGGCACGGUGGAGCCGGCACACAUCCAGGUGUUGGCGUUGGCCGAAAGGGUAUCCUGGGCCACCAACAUCUUACCACAAUGGCCAUGUGAGGAACAUGAAGAAAGGUGGAAGUGGGCAUAUGAGAAUUUCAAAUUGAUGGAUUGUUAAAUCAUUACCAGGAAUGAAAGAAAACAAUGGAACCAGACGGACAGUUUUUGAAAACUCAAGUGAAUGUUUUUGAAAGGACAAAACUACCUGAAGAAUGUGUGUGGGUGUUUUAUAAAGGAUGUAUUUAUUGAAACAGUGGAACAGAUAAUGUGGAAUAGAUGUGAUUAUUCUUGUACAUAUACACACUUAAGUAUUAAGCAUCUCUCAUUAAUUUAUAUUUUGCCCUUUGUGGAAAGCUUUCCAUGAGCUUGGCAGCAGUGUUAAGAAAAUGCACUAUAUGUUUUCUUGCUGCAGCCUCCCUUUGUUCCGUAUACACCGCCGAAGUUAAAGUGACACGCCGUGACAAAGAAAGAUUAUAGCUUUUCUGGUGUAUUAUUGUCCAGUGAGAGUGAUGGCCUGGUUACAGAAUCAAAACAUGCUUUAAAACUCUAAUGACAAUCUAAAUGACCAUUAACACGAUCAUCGCUAUUAGUUGAACUGAAUUGUAAAAAUCGACUAAAAUUGGCUGAAAAUGUGUAAUCUGUUUAUCAACAGACGAUGUACUUUAACCAAACUGAAUUAACAGAAGCUGGGGGCUGGAGCCGUGUUGAAUUAUGUGAACCGUGUGGUUGGUUCUAUACACGUUUAUCUCUGCAAAAGUAGCAUUUCAGUGUUUUUGCCACAUGUGGUAUUUAAAUGGUUUGUUCCUGUAGUCAUGUUGCUUGGUAGCAGAUUUGAACUUUUAUUUGCAAUGGAAAUGCAAAGGUUGAUUGGUGUGCUAUAAUGGUAAGUCAUGGCCUACAAAUGAAUGAUCCACCUGCUAUCCUGUCACUGUUACAGUGGUCAGAGUGUACAGUAAUAGUUAUUACUUUAAUAUUUAAUACUAUUUAAGAAAAGGUUGAUGCAAUCGUGCAUUUUAAUCCAGCUACAUUUUGUUGACUGAACAGUAUUUAUUUAUAAUGGUUUAAAGGCUUGUAGGUGGAAAGUGAGGAAUUCAGUAAAGAAUAUUAUUCUGCAUCUUAAUGGAAUGAGCAAUGCAAAUUCAAAAGUGUAAAAAAAAGUAUAUUUUUGAGGUUUUAGUACAUAAGAUAGCAAGAUGAGAAACAAGACUAUGACUAUCCCUUUCAGUAUUUUAUUGUUUGAAGUUUGUGUUUAAUUUUUCCUUACGGUCAGUUUUGCCAUACAUUUGAAGAGAAUAUUUUGAGACGGUUAAUCAAGUUGUACAGGGCAGCAUGGUAGUACAAAGUGCGCUCCCUCCCACAAAUCUGUUUUUGGGUUCAAACCUGAUCUUUGGUUACUGUUUGUAACAGAACGUCCAGAUUGGUUUUCUCUCACCGUCUACCAAUAAUGGUGGCACUGUAUUCACCCUAGCUUUGAAUUUAUUUGAUGUCCUGCAAUGGACUGCCAUUCCUUCCAAUGUUUGUCCCCAAUGUUCAUCCAGUGUUUUUGGGAUAUGUUUUGGAUUCAUGGCAACCCUGACUGGGAUUAUGCGGUAACUGUAAGUAAAUGAAUGAAUGUUAUAAGGCAAACCUUUACACUUAUACCUGUAUUGCAUCUUGCAAAAAAAACCGAACCCUGGCAGCAACAGUCUGGGUUGCCAAUUCUAUUCCAAUGUCAAGAAACAAUUGUCUUGAUUUUUUUUUCGGUGCUGUAAUAAAACAAAACGUACUAUUUAGGAGUUGAAGACCAAAACAUGUACAAGUGUCUUGAAAAAUGUGGAUGCUAUUUAUUCUCUUUAGUCCCACACACAUGCUUUUAUAUUAUGUGAUUCAUGCUCAUGCAUUCUAUGUAUAUACCAGUUUGACCCUAUUAAACAUAAACUAAUAGUGGUUAAUAAUGUA